AUGUUCGACAUAGAAGAAAAAAAAUCAAAGAAUCUCCUCCACUCCAUCAGAUCCACCAGUUUGGGAUCCGUGCCAGACCGGAGAGCUGAAGCCGUGUAUUCCCGAUCCUCCUGCAGCCUGAUUGUGUUUCCAGGACAACCCUCGGGAAAAAAAGGGGGAAUCCAGAUGAGAAAGAAGAAGAAAUGGGAAAUCCAGAGGAGAAAUGGGGAUAAAACAGAAAUCCAGUGGAAAAAGAAAUGUGAUAUAGAGAAAAAAGUACCAGUGAGCGCGCAACCAAGCACUGGCGAUGAAGGAGAAGCUGAUUCACAUACUCUUCAGACUUAUUUAGUGGCUGUUCUUGUCCUUCUGAUAGUAGUGUUGCUCGUCUGUGUUGCAGCAAUUUGCGGAGUUGCUCUCAUCUACUUCAAACUCAACCAGAUCAGAAAAAUAUUGUUAGAAAAGGAUGACGGGACCUACGCACAGAUAGACAGCAAUCUGGGCCAUUUCGUACAGGUGCAAAAGGAUCAAAAGUGCUCAUCUGGUACCAAUGUUGAUGUGAAAGGAAACAGCAGCCGUGGAGCAGAGGAGAUUAACAAUGUAUGUAAUGAAAGGUCAAGCAGGCGUUCCUCUCUUAAAAUUCCCACUGGGACAGUUCGAGCCACCUCCUUCGAGUUUUACAAUGAAACCAGUGUUGAUGUGAAGUUCAGGAAGGCUUCUCCUGCUGAUGUACUCAAAAAUAGUCAGGCUAUGGAGAAAACCCCCAAAUAUCCCUCACCUCCGUCUUACGGAAAUGCUACCAGGAGUAGUUCACGGAGCACAGUGCAUCGAGUGGAAAAGAAAGAUGGGAGUCAUGACAUUGGAGCACAGAGACUGAGAGUCAAUUCACAGGCAAAUGGCCUUCAGGACCCAUCAGAAGUUAGAGCUUACAAUCUUGCUGAGAACAUUAGUUCUGUCAUUAUCCGCCCUAACCAGAAACGUGUACAACAUUGCAAAACUGAACCGAGAGACCAUGGAGCAACAGCAGAAGACUUUGGUAACCCAAAGCAAAGUUCUGUGGAUCAUUAUGCUUCCAACUCAAGCAUUUAUGCGAUUUAUGACGUCCCCCGACCCUGCUCAUGUUCCUCCCUAUCUGUAGGGUGCCAGGGUUUGCCACUGCCUCCGUCAACCACGGCCUCCCAUCACGAACCUCUGAAACGCUGCUUGAGUGAAAUGAGUUCUUCUGCUUUCAAGCUGUCACAUGAUGUGCAUCAGGAUAGCAAGUGUCCAGUGUCCAGGCCAGUGACCUUUCCGAGCCAUGAGAACUAUGAUACUGAGUUUAAGAAUCUGAAGGAAUCCUCUUCCAAGGACUCCGGUGUUGCUUCAUACGUGGAUUCCCAGUUGCUAGAUUUAAUUCCUGAGGGAAAUGAACCUCAUAUUGACUCAGCAAAUGAGCUAGAAUCUGUGGAGAGACAACAAUCUGACAAGGAUCUCGGUGGAGAUAAAAGUCUAUUCAUUUAA